AUGGCACAAAUAAGAUUCUUUGAUCUUGAAUUAAAUAUACCAGGUCAAAUCUGGUCUCCAAAUACUUGUAAAACAAGAUUUGCUUUAAAUAUAAAGAAUAUAUCUUACGAGACAGAAUGGGUUACCUUUAGCAAUUUAUAUACCAUCAUUCCUGCAAUCACUAAGACUGAUAAAAAGCCAACAGUACCUAUUAUAGUAGAUUUAUCUCAUCAUAAUAAGGUAAUUCAGGAUUCUUGGGAUAUAGCCUUGUAUUUGGAAGAGAACUUUCCCGACACACCAAGCCUAUUUCAUGGAAAUGUUGGAUUACAUAAAUUCUUUUAUGAUUACUGCACUUUCAACAUACUGCCUAUCCUAUUUAAAAUGAUAGUUCUGUCCAUUGACUGUGGACCCUCUCAAGCAUGGUUUCGUAAAAACAAUGAAGCAAAAUUUGGAACAACAUUGGAGGUCUAUGCUGGUGAUUCCAAUAAGAACAUGGAGGCACUAAAAUUAGCAUUGGUCCCAAUUUACCAUGUUCUCAAGAAAUAUCCAUUUAUAACUGGUGACAAGGUUGGUUGGGCAGAUGUUGUACUUGCGGCACAUUUUACCAUGUUACAAGAACUCCGUCCUGAUCUGUUCAAGCUUGUUUUCGCUCAUCCUUUGCUAUCUGCCUGGUGGAAACUCACAUACAAAUAUCGAACAGGAAACGUCCCUGCGAGCCUUUGA